CAAAGAAAUAUCGUCUUGAUAUGUAAUUUAGAUCCUCGGGCAACAGCCGAAGAUGUUGGUGAAGCAUGCAGUGUUUUUGGUCCAAUUUUGAGCUGUGACAUAUUAGUGGAUCCAAUGGGUAGACCACUGAAUGAAGCCGAGAUCGAGUUUGUUUACUCAAACUCCGCCGAAGAAUGCGUAUCCAAGCUGGACAAUGGCAUCGCUGAUGGUCGCGUAGUUCGCGCCAGAUUACAGAGUAGUGCAACACUACCUGUUGUUCCUAGAUAUUCAUCCAGAACAGUUAUUGCAUCUGCAAGAGUAGCCCAAGGAGGCUUUGAUAAUAACUCACAGCAGUAA